CCCUCUGAGUGUCUAGUGAGUGCAUCGUGAACCGAUUCUGAUGAGCAUGAGAAUGGAGUGUGGGCAAACAAUCACAUCAUUACUGACUGGGCAAACGAUUUCGGCCGAAGGACCCUGAUUUGCUCCAUAUGAAGACCAACAACAGCGAGUGGCUCCAUACAAUCUUUCAACCACAUUCAAAUCUCCUUAUUCUCUUGAAAAUUUAGCACCUCACUUCUCUGCAAAGCCAUGGACAGAUACGUUGCUAUUCACCAGGAACCAAAUGGCCCAGGAGAUGCUAGAACUACCGCCGAACAAGUGCUAGCCGAUGAGGGACUUGCUGGCAAGUGGACAGGUAGAGUCAUCCUCGUGACUGGGGCCACCUCCGGUCUGGGAAUGGAGACUGCUCGUGUUUUGCACAAGACUGGAGCAAGAAUCUUCAUCACUAGUCGUCAGCAAGCCAAGGGCGACGAGAUAGCACGUAUCAUCUCGAGCGAGGAUUCAUCUCUUGCCCCAGUGGAGGCCAUCGAGAUGCCUAUGGACAGUUUUGAAUCCAUACAUAAAGCGGCUUCGGUGUUUUUUGCAAAGAGCCCCGCACUGGAUAUACUCCUCCUCAAUGCUGGUGUCAUGGCUGCUCCAGAAGGUCGCACUAAGGAUGGGUUCGAAACUCACUUUGGCACGAACCACCUCGCGCACUUUUUGUUGUUCCAGCUACUGAAGCCUGCACUACUCCAAGCCUCGAAACCUGAAUCCCACAGCCGUGUGGUCGUCCUUUCGAGUGGUGCUCACAAGUCCGAUGGAAUACACCCGGAGAACUACAACCUUGAAGGAGAAUACAAUCCGUACAUGGCGUAUGCUCAGUCUAAGACCGCGAACAUAUACAUGGCGAAUGAAUUGAACCGUCGUUGCGGUAGUCAGGGUAUCAACGGGUUGUCUGUUCAUCCAGGUGUAAUUUUCGAGACCGGCAUCGCAAGACAUCAGGGUGGUGCAGAUACUCUUCGCGAAAACAUGGCCAAGGAGAGGGACGACAUUCGCAAGUGGGCAAAGUCAAUUCCACAGGGUGCUGCAACAUCAGUGUAUGCAGCUAUAGCUAAAGCCUUGGAAGGCAAGGGUGGUCUGUACUUGGAGGACUGUCAUGUGCCCAAGCAAGAGGCUCCGGGCGCUGUUACUUACCACCAAGGUCAUGCAGCUCAUGCUUACAAUCAAGAGCUGGAGGGAAAGCUUUGGCAAGACAGCCUGCGGAUGGUCAACAUCUCGGAUGACAAGGCCUAAAAAGUUAAGACCUUUCCAGCCAGCUGCGGCACCUUGAUUGAGUUCUGGCUCUUUUCUUGCCAGCUUCUCGAGCACUCGACAGUAUCGUAAAGAGGAGGAAGAGAACGGAGCCGGCCCCGACAAAGCUCACAUUGCAGAUCAUAAUAGCAUCCAUAGCCUAUUGUCAGUUGAUCAAUGAAGUCAGAUAUUCAAUGUCAGUUGGUCAGUGUGGUCGAGCAGAAGCGAAUCCUGCAAG